UAGACCCGAGCUGAACAGUUGAGCCAGCUACGUCUUGAGGGCAAAGGUUGGUUAGUAGCUACAGUACUAGCUAAUGAAGAUUCUGCCACCACUUAGCUACACCUCUGUCGCACUUGUUUGUUUUUGUAUAAAAAGGCAACUUUCAAAAACAGGCAGCGCUACUACUAGCUACCACACUACAACAGGAGCUGGAAAGACAUGGCGCGUCUGGUUGCGGUUUGUAGGGACGGAGAUGAAGAUUUCCCAUUCCUUGCAAGACAGAUUCCUCUUUACAUCGAUGACACUCUCACGAUGGUGAUGGAAUUUUCUGACAGUGUCAUGAACCUGGACAGUCACCAGAUCAACAGUUCUCAGAUGAAGCAGUUUGUCCAGUAUCACAGCAUGUUGAAGCAACAGGAGCUGAACGUCGCCAUGAUGGUGACGUCUAGGGAAGUGUUCAGUGCGCUGACCCAGCUGGUGCCGUGUGUGGGCUGCAGAAGGAGCGUGGAGCGCCUCUUUUCACAGUUGGUGGAAUCCGGGAAUCCGGCGCUGGAGCCCCUCACUGUGAAACCUACAGGAGUGCUCUCUGCCACCAAGGGGUGUGUGUCCGAUGCCAGGAAGCUCUUCACCCUCUUUUAUGUCCACGGGUCAAAGUUGAAUGGCAUGAUCGAUGCCAUUCCAAAAAGCAAAAAGAACAAACGUUGCCAGUUGCACUCCUUAGACACACACAAACCCAAGCCUUUAGGAGAAGGAUGCUCUGUGAAAGCAGUAGGUUUAGAGAAAGACAGUGGCGGAGCCAGGACAGACAACAGAUGUAGCAUCGAGUUUCACUUUGGACCAUUUCAGUUCCCCAGCAGGGGAAGCUGGAUGGAUGUGUGGGAGCUCAUGUCUCAGGAGUGCAGGGAUGAGGUUGUCCUCAUUGACAGCGCCUGUCUCCUGGAGACCUUGGAGACAUACCUACGAAAACACAGGUUUUGCACCGACUGCAAGAAUAAGGUACUGAGGGCAUACAACAUUUUGGUGGGGGAGCUGGACUGCAGUAAAGAGAAGGGCUACUGCGCCGCUCUGUACGAGGGGCUCCGCUGCUGCCCACACGAGCGCCACGUCCACGUGUGCUGCGAGACCGACUUCAUCGCCCACCUCCUGGGCCGGGCCGAGCCCGAGUUCGCAGGGGGUUACGAGCGUAGGGAACGUCACGCCAAGACGAUUGAUAUCGCGCAGGAGGAGGUUCUGACCUGCCUGGGGAUCCACCUCUACGAGCGUCUGCACAGGAUCUGGCAGAAGCUCCGGGCAGAGGAGCAGACUUGGCAGAUGCUGUUCUACCUGGGCAUCGAUGCCCUGCGCAAGAGCUUUGAGAUGGCGGUGGAGAAGGUGCAGGGGAUCAGCCGCCUGGAGCAGCUGUGCGAGGAGCUGUCUGAGGAGGAGCGGGCCAAGGAGCUGAAACAGGAGAAGAAGAGGCAGAAGCGCAAGAACAGGCGCAAGAAUAAGUGUGGCUUCGACGUGUUGGAGCAGGAGGCCGAGGGCCCGGACAAGGAUCUGGAUGAGGGUCUUUUGGGGUCUGCUGAGGGAGGCUGCAAGGCCUGCGGCAGCCCGGAGGAGCAGAAGGCGGCGGCGGGCCGCGUGGAGGUCAUCGUCACCAACGAAAACACUUCCUGCAGCUGCCCGGACAGCGCCGUUCCGGGCUCGCCCAAAGCCAAGAAAGGUAAUGCUGCCCAUCAGCCACCACCCAAGACCAAUCCCCACGCACACGGGUUGUCUCCUCACAGCAACGUGAGCGACUGUGGCUACUCCUCCAGCAUGGAGGGCAGCGAAACCGGCUCGCGGGAGGGCUCUGACGUGGCCUGCACAGAGGGGAUCUGCAACCAUGAUGAAGCGGGUGACUACUCCUGUGGCCACCGCUGUGCCGAGGACAAGGAGGAGGACGGAGUGGACAGCUGUGUGGAGUGCUGGGCCAUCUCUGAGGGAAACACUAAGGGCAAGAACAAAAAGAAGAAAAGAAAGAACAAGGGCAUGUGCAGUGAUCAGGGUCUGCCUGAUGGUGGUGUGGCAGAGGGGAACAGGAAAGGGCUCGGUGAUGCUUCUCCGCACACGUGCAGAACCAAACAAACAUGCAGCACUUUAUGCUGUGAGACGUUUGCUAGCAUUGCACUUCAGUUGCCGUGGGCGGAGCAUCGAAAGAGCAUGAGCCAAUAUCUGGGCCUCCCAGAGGCCAUGUUUGGUCAGUGGGACGCCAGUGCCAGUCUAAUGGAACUCCUGGAUGACUCAGAAGUGACUUCAGAUGAGGAGAACUGCCUCACACAGGAUGAAAUCCAGGCGUUUGUGAAGAACAACAAGUCUUUCUACAACAACCGGGAUCAGUACCGACAGCACCUGAAAGAGAAAUUCACCAAUUACUGCCUCUCCACUGAGCAGAUUAAACCAGUUUGUGGCGCAAAGUGGUUUGCCACCACCACCGGCGUCAAUUAGUUGCACACAUGAAAUCUUUGUACUGGAAAACACUCGUUAUUACCACUGCUGCGCUGCCUCUGAAGAGAGAAACUUCAGAAGUAUGAUGUGUUGUCUUGUUCCAAACAUUUUCACAUUUUCCUUUGUUUAAAGUAAAUGGGAAUUAUUUUCUUUUCUAUGUCUUCCUGUCUCCCUGUCACCUAUUUCCCCUUCUCACCCCCUCCCUCUCCCCCCUCCCUCCCUGACCAAGCCCAGCUGUUAUUUCUGAACUGGUAUGUAGGGCUGCUGGUGAGAGCACAGUGGAUUUUGAUAAUCAAGCUUGCAAAGCUGUGACAUUAGGGUUAGCUGUUGGUAGUCUUAUGUUUUUUUUUUGCAUUUUCUAUUUUGUUCCACAUCUUGUGACGCAUCAUUUUAGUGGCAAAAGUUGUACCAAUUCCAAUGUGUACAGAAAUGAAAUUAUCUGAAUAUAAAGAUUUUACAGAAAAUAAACAUCCAUUUAUAACGAGAUGGAUGAGAAGUUAAGAGCGUUAUGUGCAAAAUUUACUAAAUAAAGAAUAUUUAUUAAUAUGCAUUA